UACUAGCAGAACCACUGAAGACAAAAUGGCUGAGAAGUUUCUCCUGGAGAGUUACUUGAACUGUCACGUCUGCUCAGAGACUUUCAGAGAUCCUGUGUCUCUGGGCUGCCACCACAGCUUCUGCUUCAGCUGUCUGACUAAGUUCUGGGAUCAGGCUAAAAACAUGAACUGUCCGGUCUGUAAGAGAAAAUCCUCUAAAGACGCAGGAAUAAACUUUUCAUUGAAGGAUUUAGCUGACUCAUUUUCUGGGAGACACAAAGCAGGACCGUCUGAAAAGAGGAGACGAGAGGAGGAGGUGGAGGUGGUGUGUAGCAAACACUCAGAGGAGCUUAAGUUCUGUGAGGAGGAACAGAGAGCUGUGUGUCACGUCUGUGAGUUCCCUGACAACCACGACCACAAGGUGGUUCCUCUAGAAGAGGCAGUGAACAGCCUGAAGGAGAAACUGAAGGUUGACUUACAGUCUCUGCAGGACAAGCAGGACAAAUACAAACAUGUGGAGAAUACGUACCAAGAAGUAGUGCAGCACUCUAAGAAGCAGCUGGUCACCACGGAGACACAGAUCAGGGUUCAGUUUGAGAAGCUGCACCAUUUCCUGAGAGAGGAAGAGGAGGCCAGACUGGCAGCUGUGAGGGAGGAAGAGGAGGAGAAGGGGAAGACCAUCUCCAGAGAGAUGAAGAAGAUUCAGGCCCAGAUCUCCUCUCUCUCAGUCAGCAUCUCUGCUGUGGAACAGCAGCUGCAGAAACAGAAGGUGUCGUUUCUCAGCAGCUAUAAACACACUCAGUCCAGCACCAGAGCCCAGGUCACACUGCCGGAUCCACAGCUGGUCUCAGGAGCACUGAUAGACGUGGCCAAACACCUCGGCAACCUGACCUUCAGAGUGUGGGAGAAGAUGAGGGGGGUGGUCAGCUUCACUCCUGUCAUUCUGGACCCCAACAUUGCAGCUCCCUGGCUCUCUCUGUCUGACGAUCUGACCAGUGUUAGAUACACAGGCUCAUGGCAGCUCCCUGACAACCCAGAGAGGAACACCAAGUACUCCACUGUUCUUGGUUCUGAGGGGUUCAGCUCAGGGAAGCACAGCUGGGAGGUGGAGGUGGGGGACCAUCCUGGCUGGAUUAUAGGUGUGGCCAGAGAGUCAGUAGACAGGAAGGGAGAGCGUAAUGCAACCCCAAAGGAUGGAAUGUGGUGUAUACUGCAGAGUAAUGGUAAGUACAGCAAUCUCCUGGGUAACACUCUCCCUCUGAAGAGGAAACUCCAGAGGAUCAGAGUUCAGCUGGACUGGGACAGGGGGGAGGUGUCCUUCUACGACCCUGAAGACAUGACUCACAUCCACACUCAUAAAGACUCCUUCACUGAGAAACUCUACCCAUACUUCUCUAUUGGACAAGCUGGUGAUGCCAAAUACCCUGACUUAAAGAUUGGCCAAUCAGAGGUGUCUGUGUCUGUGAUGUCAUCUGUGAGGUGUGUGGUAGUAGUACCUGGUUGUUGUUGAUGAUGAUGAUGAUGAUGAUGAUGAUGAUGAUGAUGAUGGUAGAACAUGCAGGAGGAAGAUCCCACCUCUCUGCUCUGUUGGUCACUCAUGAAGGAUGUUAAAGUGCAGUUUGAGAAUCUGAUGGUUGAUGACCUGGUGGGUGAUCUGCAUUUGACUGCAAAGCAAUAGGUUGCCAGUUCAAAUGUCUCCCUGUAUAUUGCUUUAGAUGAAAGCAUCUGUUAAAUGAACACAUUAUUAUUGUUAUGAUAAACGUGUCAACCUGUCCAAUUCAGGUAACAUAUGAUCCUACAUGUAUGUUAGUCACAUACAGUAUGAAGGUGUUGGAGUUGGGCCUCGGCCCUCAUACUGGGUCUGUUGUAUCUCUGUUGUAUCUUUGUUGUAUCUCAAUCAUCUGCUGCUUCUAUGAGAAGGUAGGAUGCAGUACUGGGGAUAUGAUGUCAUACCUACAUCAUGUAGAUAUUCUUUAUAUGUGUGUUUCGUGGGGAGGAGGGCUUGAUCAUGUAUUGUGUAUUUAGAUCUCUGAAAGGAGGUGUGGUGGAAGGCGGGGGUUGAUGUAUUCAUGUUAAGAUAUCUUUGUAGUGGAGUUAUAUAAUAAUGACUGGAUCUAGGGGUUCUGGGGUGAUGUAGUAAUGACCUGAGGUAUUGAUGUUGGAGGGGAUUUUAUCACUGUCACAGACAUUUGGGAGUGUGUUAUUUGUAGACUCUGAAAUGAGCAGAAAGUUUGUGAAUUCAAAUCAUUAUAUUUUAAAAUAUGGGUUUAGGAUUAAGCAGCUUGUAUGUUGUCCUAUGCCUUUUUGUGUUGUUUGAUUUCUGCAGUAAAAU